CCCGUUGGAUCUUUUGUCGCUGUCCUUGUUGUGGCUUUCAGGUUGAAAUCGUUACACUUUCAUGAUGUUUGUUUAUAGAAAAUUAAUGGCCAGGCGGCGACAGGACACCAACGCUGCCGAAAACGGUACUGAACCAGUGAACGACAACAAGGAGGCUGAAGAAUCCAAGGUACAGUCUCCGAAGAAAGUCAAAAAACAAAAAGCAAAACCUGUGAAAGUAUGUGACAAAAACGCAGAGAAAGCGCAGGUAGAAGAAAAAGGUCAGCACACCCAGGUGGAGACGUACAUCAGCCGAAUAAAAUACAACGAUACUCGCUUCAAUAACGAGCCGGAUUUCAGUCUUCAUACCGAGGACAUCGAAUUCAGGAUCCAUUCCUCGCUGCUGAAAGAGAAGAGUGAAUACAUACAGAAAGCGCUAUCAGCUGAGGCAAAGUGCAUUGAUAGCGUCGGUAAGGGGCAUGGUAUCGAGUUCGUGAAGCCACCGCCCACGGCGCGAGCUCUCCGCAUAUUAAUGGACUACGUUUACACGGAGAAAAUGAUUGUAGCGGAUGACGAGAAACAGGAAGUUUAUAUCGCAGCGAGGGUCCUUGGCAUUCAAGUCGAUGAGGAAAAACUAAUAGGAUGGAAUAACCCCAAAUAAACAGACAGUUUUCAUUUUUUGCAAUUGAUAUCUUGGGAUAAUAGUUAUUAGCUCGCAAUGUAUUGGGGAAAAUAUGCGCGGCUUUUGUACUUCAUAAUUUGUUGGUGUACUUAAUCGUCAUCGUUGGUUGUUCACUCAGACGGGACAGUUUUUUUUUAUAACCAAAUAUUUGCGUCCAGAAAGCCCAUUUGUACAAAUACAUCAACCUAAGCGAGCACACUGAUUUACUCAGUGUGAUUUCAGUGUUGUCCAAUGAAACAUGGCCGCUAUUGACACUGCCAUUUUGAUUAGAACACAACAUGUUUGAUUACAGCCUCUAAUCAGAACUCUUAUAUCCAACUUAUAAUUCAUAUUUUGCAUUGGUUUAUAAGGUUUCUGAACGUACAUGGCUUUUUUUUUUGGGGGGGGGGGCAAGCAGCGUCGGUUGUGAGGAGGUGAUUUUGGGGCGUUUUGUAUAUAAGGUAUAGAUAUUAAUUACAUGUAUAUUGUCACUGUCGUCAUCAUCACCACCAUCGUCGUACACAAAUGGUAUUAUCGUUAUGUUGUUGUUAUAGUUACCAAUAGAUACAAUCUGUAAAUGGUCGGUUAUCAUAUGGCGUACAAUGCUCACAUGAUGUGAAUCAAUCCUAGAAUACUAGUAAUAUGUGUGCCAAAACUUAAAUUACCAGCAUUUAGAUUAAAUCCUCAAAUCCUUGUUUCGGAUAUUUUGUGUACAUGUUUAUUUCAUUUAUACAUUUAAGUUAGCAAGUGUAGCAUAUGAUUGGUUUUACGAGUCGGAAAUUUAGUUGAUAUGCUUCUCAUUUGACCGUGUAUCAUUGUUUUGUUCCAAUGUAGUGUUCAUUCCUGCCAACUAUGCCCAGUGUUCAAAUUUUAAAUUACUGUUAGAAAAUUAACCGACAAAAGGCAAUCAAUACACUUAUUGUUGAACUUUGAACUUUGACCUGAAGCUCAUCCGAUUAUUAUCGCGGAUCUUUGAUAUCCCGUCCGUGUCACGUGCUCAGUUUGUUGUAUUUAUUAAAUGUUUAAAAUGUAUCCACCAUUAUCUAUCUAUAUCUGAUAUUUGUACGAAUUCAGCACAUCAUUUGUCAAUUACGUGACGUCAGGUAUCAUUAUGCAUAUCUAUUUAUAUAAACAGGUAUUCCAUGUUUGUCCUGGAAUUUUUCUGUCUGUUGUCAUGCCAAAACUUUUACAAGUUCUUUCACGAAGAAAUCGCAAAUUAAAUCGAUCUGCCAUUUUAAUUUUUAAUUUACUUCAAUAUGGUAUUGUAGUAAUGUUGUUAUAUUUAUUCAGAAUAAUGUAUACAUACAAUAUAACUGACGUCAUCUUUACUUAACUGACGUAAUAUUUUCAGUUUAGGCUCAGAAUAUAAAAAUGAGCCAAAACUAACCCAAGUUUAGUAUUGUUAUUUAUUAUUAGUGUGUUCGUACAUUGUUUGUAUAUAUUAUUAACCAGGGCUUCCUUUUCUGAGUCUUUUUAAUCUGCACAAUGGGAAUGCUUCUGUUUAAAGAUAAUUUCAAGCUAGCUAUUUUUCAGUUUGAUUAUAUGAGCUUGUAUGGUCUUGUACGGGUUUUUUAUAUUUACUAGUUAAAUUCACACCAAUAUCGGUUUCGAAUCCAUAUCCCACAAUUCGCGUUGGCACAUUUACCUUACUCUAGUCUAGUAUGCAGCAGUUUCCAUUACAAAAUUGAAUGUAUUCGAUUCCUUCGUAAAACGAUCAAAUAUUAUGGUGCCUCCGUCGUUGCGUGUUCAAGUUCAACGUCAAAUAAACUUUUUGUCUCUAAUUACAACUGA